AUGGCGGUGGCACGGAAAAUCAAAACUUUGUUGACGGUGAACAUCUUGGUCUUCGUGGGCAUCAUCCUCUUCUCCGUGUACUGCAGGAUCCAGGACCGCUCCCAGGAGCUGGUGCAGAUCGUCCGGAGCGCGGACCGCCGGGCCAGGAGCCGCGGCGCCAAGGUGGGCAGCCUGGGCGACAGGGAGUCCAUCCUGCAGCGCCUGGACCACCUGGAGGAAGUGGUCUACAACCAGCUAAAUGGUCUGGCAAAGCCCAUGGGAUUAGUUGAAGGUCCAGGAGGCUUGGGCCAGGGAGGAAUGGCUGCUACCCUGAGAGAUGAUAGCCAUGAAUCAGAGACUAAGUAUGAAGAAUACGGUUACAACGCCCAGCUCAGUGACAGGAUAUCACUGGACAGGUCCAUCCCUGACUACAGACCAAAAAAGUGCAAACAGAUGACUUACCCAGAUAACCUGCCCCAGAUCUCGGUGGUGUUUAUAUUUGUAAACGAGGCGCUCUCUGUCAUCCUGCGCUCUGUGCACAGUGUUGUGAAUCACACCCCGUCACACUUGCUCAAGGAGAUCAUUCUAGUGGAUGACAACAGUGACAAUGUUGAGCUGAAAUUUAAUUUGGACCAAUAUGUCAAUAAAAGAUACCCAGGUCUGGUGAAAAUCGUGCGCAAUAACAAACGAGAAGGGCUGAUCCGAGCCAGAAUCCAAGGCUGGAAAGCAGCAACCUCUCCUGUUGUCGGCUUCUUUGAUGCUCAUGUUGAGUUCAACAUUGGCUGGGUGGAACCUGCACUUACCCGGAUCAAAGAAGAUCGAAAGCGGAUCAUCUUACCAGCAAUUGACAACAUCAAGUACAACACUUUUGAAGUGCAGCAAUAUGCCAACGCAGCCCACGGCUAUAACUGGGGGCUCUGGUGCAUGUACAUAAUCCCACCACAGGACUGGCUCGAUAAAGGGGAUGAGUCAGCUCCCAUCAGGACACCAGCCAUGAUUGGAUGCUCAUUUGUAGUAGACCGAGAGUAUUUUGGUGAGAUUGGCUUGCUCGACCCUGGUAUGGAGGUCUAUGGAGGAGAAAACAUUGAAUUAGGCAUGAGGGUGUGGCAGUGCGGAGGGAGCAUGGAGGUGUUACCCUGCUCUCGCGUGGCACACAUUGAGCGCACAAAGAAGCCCUACAACAACGACAUCGACUACUAUGCAAAGCGCAACGCCCUGCGGGCCGCUGAGGUCUGGAUGGACGACUUCAAGUCGCAUGUUUACAUGGCGUGGAACAUCCCCAUGGCAAACCCUGGAGUUGAUUUUGGAGAUGUUUCUGAAAGAAUAGCUCUACGACAGCGACUGCAGUGCCGGAGUUUUAAGUGGUACUUGGAGAAUGUCUAUCCUGAAAUGAGGGUUUAUAAUAAUACAGUUACUUAUGGAGAGGUACGUAACAGCAAAGCCAGUGGCUACUGCCUAGAUCAGGGAGCUGAAGAGGAUGACAAAGCAAUCCUUUAUCCUUGCCAUGGAAUGUCUUCUCAGCUUGUGCGGUACAGCUCAGAGGGUGUGCUGCAGCUGGGCCCACUGGGCUCCACCGCCUUCCUGCCCGACUCCAAAUGCCUCGUGGAUGAUGGGAAGGGCAGGACACCGACUCUGAAGAAGUGUGAAGAUGUCCUGAGGCCAGCACAGAGGUUCUGGGAUUUCACACAGAAUGGUCCAAUCAUCAGCAGAGACACUGGCCGCUGUCUAGAAGUGGAAAUGUCAAAGGAUGCAAAUUUUGGGCUCAGAUUAGUCGUACAAAGAUGCUCGGGGCAAAAAUGGAUGAUUAGAAACUGGAUAAAACAUGGCAGACAUUGACUGCUGGGGCUGAGAAGCUGCCUCU